AUGCCUCGCCGAAAAUUCCGUGUUGCUUCUCGCAUGACUGCGAGUGAGACUUCCAGCACAUCUGCAGAUAACAACGAUAUAUCGUAUGACGCAAGAACCGACACAGAUAUAACGGAACCAGACUGCCCUUCGCCAGGGAAUCGAAUGGCCAAAAGGAGAAAAACAAGCUCGAAAGCCAAUCUACGGCGUCUGGAAGCAGGUUGCCGGGAGAGUCCCGCACCGGAGUCUACCAAAGAUAUAAGCGUGUCGGCUGUGCAACUUCUGCAUCGUGCCCGUUACGAAGACCCUGCUGACGAUACAGACGAGGACCUCUCCAAGGUGCCGGAGGAUUACGGCAAGUCUAAGGAAACUAAGAAGCUAAAAAUUCGACUGACAGAGCGUUGGGCUCGAUACUGUCGAACCAAAGCGAUCGAGCCGUCCGCUGAACUAAAAUGGGGAGAUCCAGUAGAGGCCUUACAGCAAGCGUGCCCGAACGACAUGCACAAAUUCCUGAAUUGGUGCCUUAAACUCCAAUACAACGAGAACGGUCGCCGACUAAAAGGCUUUAGGAAAGCCAGUUCACUUGAAGCAGAUUGGAAAUACUUUCGUGUUUAUUACACUCGAAUCACCGGGCACGAAAUGAGUGAGAAGAUGGGGGAGGCAGUCCGUACGGGAAUAAGAUUCUUGGUCGACAAACACGGCCUAGACAAACAACCUCGGGCAAAUACUCCAGUCUAUAUCGAAGAUAUGGUUCCCUUCAACGAGACAAUCUUGCAGACCCGGGAAAAGCGAUUCCACCUGGGCUUCCAGCGGAUUAUACUGUGUUUAUACAACACCAUCGGGCUUUUUACUGUUAACAGGAAAAAAGCAAUACUUAACCUCCAAUUUAAGCAUCUACAACUAAGCCUCCAGAAAGAUCCGAGGGGCGGACCUCCUGUGCCUAUGAUUGAAAUCCAACCUCAGUUUGUAAAAAGUGUCCUUGGUAUGUCCAAGGUUAACACCUUCGCAUUGCCGGAAAUUGUGUAUGGUGUAUCGCUCGUUUUCAGUCCACAUGUCCUGCUUUUCAGCAUUCUAUUUUAUGCUGCUGCAUUUGAGGCUCCUCACUUGACCUCAAUGGAAGACCUUCGGAGGCUGUUGGUCGAGGAUGGCCGGCAGGAGAUGCCACUGCCUUUAAAAAGCGAGAUGGACGAUUACUAUGUCUUCCCGAAGGUGGACGUGGUUGGAGGCCGGCCCCAUAUCUUUUGGGAGACGUCAAUGAGUGGAGAAACACUCGAUGGACAGCUCCGAUCAUUAAGUGAGAUCCAUGGUUUUCUAAACCCGUUCUUCUCGCACCAGUUUCGGUACGGUGGAGGUGAGCUGCUCGAUCAAAGUGGGUACAUCAGUGAAGCUCAACGCAAUGUGAUUAUGGCGCAUGCGAGUAGCAGAACUUUUAUUAAACACUACCGCCCCCGAAGGCACGCAAGUUUGCAGGAGGUUAUGUGUGGCCUAGAUCCUGAUAAUGAGUUUUCAAAAGCCGUGACGCGGAUGAGCCGCUGGAUUGAUCGACGUCGACCACGAUACUUGACUGACGCUGACCGGGCAUCGGUGGAGCAAGACCCUGAGCUGCAGUCUGCCAUCCGUUGGCAGGCUGAGUUAGAGAUGCAGUGCGACAGUUCCAGUGAUCCCGCCUUGCGAGUGACACUUGCGGACCAGGAGUGUAAGGUCCAUAACCUACGUCGCAGCCUGCAAGAGAAACGACGGAAAGAGUUACGUCGGGACUUUAGCCGAAAACAGGCUGUGAUUGACAUUGAGAGGCAGUUGACUGGCGGGGCUGUGAAUGAUAAUCCAGCGCGCGAGGUGUUACAAAAGGAGUUUGCCAUGCCGCCAUCGCAGAUCCUAGUCCUGGAGACUUUUUUCACUUGGCCUACUUCAGAUUCACUUGAAGACGAGUGGAUAAGGCGUAAUAAAGCUGUUGCAGCUGCGAUACAAUAUUGCGGCUUCCCUGAGGGCGGCCCUCUCCGAGGACGGCCGAAGCGCGCCGCGCUGUUCGACGACAGUGACCAAACUGCAGGACCUCCGGCUCGCAGCCAGGAGACAGAGGAGCAGCCAACCAUAUUGGCCUGGAAGAAAGAAUUUUCUGCCCUGGAGGAACAUAUCAAGAACAAACCGAAGCCUGAGGUGUGCUUUCAGUGCCGUAAGAAAUAUUCUGAUCACUACUGUUUAAAAAGACACUUUAAGAAGUCGCAUUUGCAGGACCGCAAAUGUAACUUCUGUAACAACAUAGAGUUUCAGCAUUUAAUGCACCUACAGCGACAUGCGGAUAAGGUACACCGACUUCGUACCUGA